AUGCUCACGUGCAGAGACUGGCGGGAUGCGGUGGUGGCGGAGGAGCGGGAUGGAGGGGGCGCAGGGGGAGAGGCGUUCUGGCGGAAGGUGUUUGAGCGGUCGUUUGGGGAAAGGGCUGCCUACUGGAGCAGGGCGGAACAACCGCGGGGGGAGGGAGAGGUGGAAGGGGAAGGGGGGCGAGGAGGGGAGGGCGGAGUUGGAGGGGGGUGGGGAAGGGGAGUGAGGGAGAGUGGUGUGUGGAAGAGGAGCCUCGGGGACGCCCCAGAGGGACCGAAUUCAGGUUCUCGUGCUACUACUGGGUGUGCUUGUAACGAGGGCGGCCGGUGUGCUUGUAACGAGGAUGGGUGGAGGCUAGUGGCGAGUGCGGCAGAGUACGGGUCGGUGUGCGUGUGGAGCUUGCCCCGCUGGCCCACAAGGGGUAGGGCAUCGCCCCAAGCAAGCUCAAAAGUUAGAGAGGCAGGGAAAGAAGCAUCAGUAGCAGUGUCAUGCGCUAUACAAGCAAGGUCACGAGAGGCAGAGGGAGGGGAAGCUGAGGCACGGCUGGAAAGAAGCGCAGCAGAGCCCCGUGAAUUCGGAGGCACAUGUGUUGUUGUCGUGCCCUCCCUGUCCCCCUGCUGCUCGAUCUGGUUCGUGGAGGGAAGGAUGGGAGAGCAGCAGCUGUGGGAGGACCUUGAGAGAGGAGGCAUGGCAUACGGGCGGCCUGGGUAUCUGCUGGUGGAGGAGCGCAGUGGCAUGAGCGACGGUGACCACACCAUGCGGCUUUGGGACUUGGGCUCUCAUGCUUGCCAGUCAACGCACAGUCAACAGCAGUCAACGCACGGUCAACAGCAGUCAACAGGGACAUCACAGCACAGCACAGCAUGGGCUAGUAUGCAGUGUGUGUACGAUCGUGCUUUGGCCUUCGAUCCAUGGACGGGCGUGGUUGCUGCUGUAGUGCCACACACUCACGCCCCUGCUGAGCGUGGGAUUGGCAGUGAGGAGCCCACAGAGUCACCCUUUGCGAAUCUGGACACUCCAACGAUCAUUGGGACGAUACCUGUGUGGGCAGCAGAGAUGAGGCGCACGGAGGAGCAGCGUCAGGGAAUACUGAACAACACUGCUCGAGCUGCUGCGGGUUCACAGUCUGCUGCGGGUUCACAGUCUGCUGCGGGUUCACAGUCUGCUGCGGGUUCACAGUCUGCUGCGGGUUCACAGUCUGCUGCGGGUUCACAGUCUGCUGCGGGUUCACAGUCUGCUGCGGGUUCACAGGCUGCUGCGGGUUCACAGUCUGCUGCGGGUUCACAGUCUGCUGCGGGUUCACAGGCUGCUGCGGGUUCACAGUCUGCUGCGGGUUCACAGUCUGCUGCGGGUUCACAGUCUGCUGCGGGUUCACAGGCUGCUGCGGGUUCACAGUCUGCUGCGGGUUCACAGGCUGCUGCGGGUUCACAGUCUGCUGCGGGUUCACAGUCUGCUGCGGGUUCACAGUCUGCUGCGGGUUCACAGUCUGCUGCGGGUUCACAGGCUGCUGCGGGUUCACAGUCUGCUGCGGGUUCACAGUCUGCUGCGGGUUCACAGGCUGCUGAAGAUUUUGAAUCUGCUGAGGAUCUCGAGGCGUCAGGCAAGAGAGUGUGCCGCUGCCCAUGCAUCAUUCGUUUGCAGCACAUUCUCUCCGGUCACACUCUUGUGGACAUUUAUCAUCGCUGUCUACUUCAGGAUCCUGUCUCAGAUGUCGCCUUCAGCCACUCAGAACGGCAUGGCUGGCGGCUGCUGAUUGGCACGACUCAGGGGCUGAUCGUUGUUUAUGACUUGGACAGAGGAGUGGCGGGAAGAGGGGAAGGUGGAGGCGGAAGGAGGAGAGGAGCAAGGGAGGGAGGAGGAGGAAGUGGAGUAGGAAUGAAGGGAGGAGGAGAGAGCAUCGGACAGCCGUCGAUUUCGUUGAGAAUCGAUCUGUGGGAGGAGAUGCAGCAAUUCUCCCUCAACGAACGGAUUUUCUGCCUCACUACUGUGACCGACACUCACCAUGACAUCCCCGAGGGCAGCUUUGCGCGGGUGUGGGACGUGGAUGCUUCUAAUCAAGCCGCCCUCCUCCCCCAGGUGCGCCCUCCUCCCCCAGGUGCGCCCUCCUCCCCCAGGUGCGCCCUCCUCCCCCAGGGCCCCUCCUCGUUCACUGAGGUGCCACACAAGAUUCCUCCGCAGCCCUGCGUCACCCCCUCCUUUGCCACUGCUCUCUUGCCUGCACUCCCAAAUCGUUCCCUGCCUCCCUCCCACCCCUUGCUCCUCCAGAACCAUCCUCCAUUCACUGAGGUGCUUCAUUUUGACUCUCAGCAGCCCUGCAUCGCCCCCUCCUCUGCCACGGCUGUGGUGCUGAGAGCCGAUGGGGCCAUCGACCUCUGGACUGCCUCUCAAUGCGCCCACAACAUCGUUACACCCCACAGCGUUACAUCUCAUGGCGUUACAUCUGAUGCCGUUUCAUGUCACGAGGUUUCAUCUGAGACGGUUACAGCUCCGUCGCCCUCCAACCAAGUAGCGCAACGACGAGCCUGGUGCCAAGGCCCCAUAACUACCAUUCACCCCCCACAGCAGUCCCAGCAAGACCUGGUGUAUCUGCCUCACCCUCCUGUCAUGUAUCCUCUCUCAACCACUGCCUCUUCUGCCACUGCUGCUAGCGAUGAAAAUGGUGACAACGCGGGCAGCAGUGGUGGUGAUGACUGUAAGGGUGAUAGUAAUAAUAACCGGGACAGGGGCAGUAGCGAGUGUGUGGUUGCAGACAGCAACUGGAGAUGGCUGGUAAUGGCAGGAGGGGCUAUAGCUGAGGUUUAUGAUUUUCUGGUGGGCUAA